AUGAAUUCAAAGAAUUCUUAACUACAUAAAAAAUCAUAAACUAGCUAUUUAAAUUAUAUGCUUGAUGCUCGCUUAUCGAAAAUAAGAGAAAAAACAGUAAUAAAAUUCAAAGAAAAUGAGAGUAAAUUUGGUGAUGAUAACUUUCAAUUAAUAACAGAUUAUAGUGAUUCGCAUAAUUGUUAAAAUUGUUAACAAUAAUUAUUGAUAAUUAAUGAAUUGAAGGCAUAAAUUUUAGAAUGUUAGAAAUAGAUUGAUAUUUUAUAUAUAGAAAAGGAUGUAAUACAAAAAUAAGAAGAGUAAACAAUAAAAUUUCUAAUUUAAGAAAUUGAAAAAACCAAAUUAGAUCAGAAGAGAUGUUCAACUGAAUUAUAGCAUUCAUUAAUAUAAUUUGCAAAUGAAAACUUUUAUAAAUAGAGUCAAACUCUAUCAUUUUAAGAUAGAUAAGAAGAUAACUUUAUUUUGAAUAAUUAAUUAAAAUAAAUAAAGGAAUAAAAUGCAAAUUAUGCUGAACUUUUACAUUAAUAAUAUGAAUUCUCAAUAAAUAUUAAUAUAAAAUUUGCAUAAUUAUCAAACUCAUUGAAUACUCUAAUUACAUUGAUUCAAAAAUAUACAAGAAUCAUAACUCAUAUAUAAAUGCAAAGUUCACCAUAAUUAGAUUUAUUGCUUCCUAAUGCACUUGAAGACCAUGUGAAAUAGGAUCAUAAAUAGCAAUUACAUUUUAUAGAUUUACAUGAUAUGACAACAAAAAUAUAAUAGAUUUAGAUAGGAUCUUUAACAGAUGUCUAAUAAAAGAUAGAAACAUUGAUAGAAUUGGUGGCUGACUAUUUAUCUUAAGCUUAAAGAAUAGCAAUAAAUGAUAUGAGUAGAACAAUUGUGUGA